AUGACAAGUGGGGUGCAAAUCAGCAAGGGCCUAAAAGCGGGGCAAAUCAGCAAGGGCCUGCGUUGGCCUCGGGGCAAAUCAGCAAGGGCCUCGGGCGGGGGCAAAUCAGCAAGGGCCUCGGGCGGGGGCAAAUCAGCAAGGGCCUCGGGCGGGGGGCAAAUCAGCAAGGGUCUCGGCCUCGGGGCAAAUCAGCAAGGGCCUCUGGCUCGGGGCAAAUCAGCAAGGGCCUCGGGCGGGGGGCAAAUCAGCAAGGGCCUCUGGCUCGGGGCAAAUCAGCAAGGGCCUCGGGCGGGGGCAAAUCAGCAAGGGCCUCUGGCUCGGGGCAAAUCAGCAAGGGCCUCGGGCGGGGGGCAAAUCAGCAAGGGCCUCGGGCUCGGGGCAAAUCAGCAAGGGCCUCUGGCUCGGGGCAAAUCAGCAAGGGCCUCUGGCUCGGGGCAAAUCAGCAAGGGCCUCUGGCUCGGGGCAAAUCAGCAAGGGCCUCUGGCUCGGGGCAAAUCAGCAAGGGCCUCUGGCUCGGGGCAAAUCAGCAAGGGCCUCUGGCUCGGGGCAAAUCAGCAAGGGCCUCUGGCUCAGGGCAAAUCAGCAAGGGCCUCUGGCUCGGGGCAAAUCAGCAAGGGCCUCGGGCUCGGCAAACCACCAGCUUCCCCUUCUGGAGCAGAGUUUAGCCUGUCGGCAUAA